CGUCGUACCUCUUUUUGCAGCAAGAUUUUCGAAGCAGUAUAAAAUCAAUAGCUGGGGUAUUUUUGAUCUUGAACACCUUUAUUCUUUAUUCUUUUUUCUUUAUUCCUCAUUUCUGCAUCUCUUGUUUUCGUUUGGUCCUGCUGUUUGAACAUAUUCCUCUAGAUCUGCAUACCUUGCCCAUAUUCCAUAUUCCCUCUGCUCUAUCUCACUAUGUCCGAAAUUAAACCUGUGAUCACUGAAGAAACCAAGAAGCAAGACAAAGAGUUCUCUGAUGCUUAUCAUAAGGACUCGGUUGCCAGCACUGGUUUGACUGCAUUGUUUCGUAAGAAUAAGACUGCUCAGGAGGCUGCUCUUGAGGGUUACUUCAGACACUGGGAUGGUAAGACCGAUGCUGAAGCCGAGGAAAGAAGAUUGAAAGAUUACAAAGAUGGUACAAACAACUACUAUAACUUGGUCACCGACUUUUACGAGUACGGCUGGGGCUCUUCUUUUCAUUUUUGCAGAUUCUUUCCAGGCGAUUCUUUCCAACAUGCUGUUCUUCGUCACGAAGACUACUUGGCUCUGAAAAUGGGCAUCACUGAGGAUAUGACUGUCUUGGAUGUUGGUUGUGGUGUUGGUGGUCCAUCAAGAGAAAUUCAAAAAUUUACCGGUUGCAGAAUUAUUGGUUUGAAUAAUAAUGACUACCAAAUUCAAAGAGCUAAUAAUUACGCCGCAAAGAAUAAUUUGACCGAUAAAUUGACAUAUGUCAAAGGUGACUUUAUGAAAAUGGAUUUCCCUGAAAAUUCUUUUGAUGCUGUCUAUGCCAUUGAAGCUACUGUUCACGCCCCAGUGCUAAAUGGUGUUUACAGUGAAAUUUAUAAAGUUCUAAAACCGGGUGGUGUCUUUGGUGUAUAUGAGUGGGUGAUGACAGAUAAAUAUGACUCAGAAAAUGAGCACCAUAGACAAAUUGCUUAUGGUAUUGAAAUUGGCGACGGUAUUCCCAAAAUGUACAAGAGAGAAGUGGCUGAAAAAGCUCUUAUUGAUGUUGGUUUUAAUAUUUUAUACCAAAAGGAUUUAGCUGAUAACGAUGAUGCUACACCAUGGUAUUAUCCAUUAGCUGGUGAUUGGAAGUAUAUUCAGACCUUUGCAGAUGUAUUUUCUUGGUUCAGAACUUCAAAUAUUGGUAGAAAAAUAACAACGAAUUCCUUGGGUGUUUUGGAAAAACUUCGUCUAGUUCCAAAGGGUUCAGUGAAAGUUGCAGAUGCUUUAGAAGAAGCUGCUGUUAAUUUAGUCGCUGGCGGUAGAGAAAAAUUAUUUACUCCAAUGAUGUUGUACAUUGUUAAAAAGCCAGAAAAUGUUCCAGAGAUUGUUCCAAAAAAUUAAUGUGUUAUUCAAUUGUAUUAAUUUAUUGUUAUUGAGGUUUUUUUAUAAAAAGAAACGUUUCAUUUUAAAUUUUUUUUCUUUUACUUUCAUUUCUUAUUGGAGAUUUAUUUCAUUUAAACACCUUUAUUUACUUUUAGUUAUUUUUCUUUUUUAAAUAGUUUAUUAUUAGAAAAUAAUUGAAUGAUCAAUAUUAAUUAUAUAUUCAAAAACAAAAAAGACUCAU